AAUGCGAAAAGAACAUUCUCUUCACUUCAGGUGGGAUACCUGGAGGAAAAAAAAAGAAUAAAGAGGAUAAAGACAGGGUACCCUAAAAUACUUGAUUUUUCUUUUCCCCAUUUUUUUUUAACCUUGUUUUACAAAAUAAAAUAAAUAAACAAAGAAAUACAUAAAUAAAUAUAACAGAAGGAAGAAAGUAAUAAAGAAAGCGAAAAAUAAGAAAAGAAGGUAACAAAGAAAAAAGAAAGAAAAAAAUAAGGUGAUGAGAAAAUAAAGGGAAGUUAACAAUCAGCAGUUCAUAAAAGGAAUUACUCAGGAUUUGAACCUUAAACACUGUGACUGGAUUACUGGAUUUACUAUCAGGACAUUAAAGGAUAGAACACAGACACCAAGGUUACUCGUUUAUUAAGCAAACAAAAACAAAAAAGCAACAAGCACAAUAAACCACAUUUAAUACUCAAAGAAAGGACCCCCCCUUUCCCCACAAGUCUGCUGUUAAAAUGAGUUCACGGAGAUUCAGGAUGUCACACAGCAACAAGAUUGACCUUUUUUUGGCCGACACUUUAGCCACCGUUUCUUUCACCGGAGGUCUCAUAAUAUUCUUGAUUUCAAUAAGUACGUCGUCCUGGGUUGUUUUAGAUGGAGGAGCUUACGUUGGCGUCUGGAACCUAUGUUUGGUUGUCAAAGGAAGUGAUGAAAUGGAUUGUUCAUCUUACCAUAAUAAUCCAGGUUGCUUGACACUCAUGGGAACAAUUGUGAUGGCAGUGAAAGGAAAAGAUUACCUUUACGCCAUGAAAACUCAUAAUUACCGAACAAUAAACAAUUUUCCAACUUUGACAAACGUUGACCUCACCGGACAAUUAACGGUCGGCUGGUCCUUGGCCCUGGCCAUAGUCUCUGGGUGCUUCACCCUGAUAGGCUUUGGAAUUUGGUUCACAGAAUAUCAAGUCUUAAAAACUGCUGAAGAAAACAACAAUACCAGGUGAGGAUAAAACAAAAAAGAAGAAAACUGGACAAAAAAUAAAACAAUUGGACAAAAAAAAAUAUUGAAAAGAAAAGAAAAAGAAUACAAAUGUUUGUUUUGAGAAUCUCAGAACAAGAAUUGAUGAUGUGUAUGGAACAUUUGGAGUCAAAAGAUAUAUUUUUAUUUA